UAAUUUGUCGUGGCCUGUUUUUUAGCCGCUUCACGGAACAAUAACAGGUCUGACGUUCAUCACUAUUGUUGGCGAAUUUAACGAAGCAACAAUUCAACAAACAAAAUACUAAAAACACCAUGAAUUUGUUAUUAUUCGCCGCUGUCACUGCUGUCGCCCUUCAUCAGAUGUCGGCGUGCGAAUUUCGAACCGGGAGUUUAUACUCCCCCGGUGACCGAUUCCACGAAAAACAAGACAAAAAGGCUAAAACGUGGAGUAUUGAGCUAGAGGAAGAUUUGAGUGAAUUACAGUUGAAGAUGACUUAUAAUGAUGGCCGUGUAUGGACCAAUAACAAAAUCAAUGGGGUGCUCUUGUGCGACGAGGAUGAGAAUGCUGAGCCUUUCAAAAAAAUGCUCUACACCAGUAUAGGGAUUGAUUCUUGUGACUUUCCCCAGGGAAAAUAUGAAGCUGACGAGGUCAACGAAUAUCCCGACGACGUGUGUUCCAAAGUAUCGGAAGUAACCGAGGAAAACGAUAGCGUGAUAUAUUUGACGGUCAUGAAAGACGACGAUGAACUUUUGCAUGUUCGCGUGCAUAAAGAAUGAGCAUCUGCCAAAAUCCUUGGCUCUAACUAAUUAAUAAUUGUCCAAUAAUAAUUCAUUCCUGAUUUUAUUAUUUAUUUAUGUUAUUGCAGUUCUUCUAGCGGCUUAUCAAGAAUCUUGAAUUGUUGAAAAAAUAAAUAAAAAUAAGAUUGUCUGACCACA